AUGGAUACUAAUAUUAAAUGUGUCGUCGUGGGAGAUGGAGCCGUUGGUAAGACCUCCAUGUUGAUUAGUUAUAGUACAGAUUCUUUCCCAACAGAAUAUGUGCCAACUGUCUUUGAUAACUAUUGUGCCAAUGUCAUGUACGAAAAUCAUACAGUCUCAUUAGGUUUGUGGGAUACAGCUGGACAAGAAGAUUACGAUCGUUUGCGACCUCUCUCCUAUCCAGAUACUGAAAUUUUCAUUGCUUGCUUCUCAGUGGUUCAACCUUCUUCCUUCACCAAUAUUAAGGAUCGUUGGAUGCCAGAAUUACGUAAACAUUGUCCAUCUGUUCCAGUAAUUUUGUGUGGUUUGAAAGUUGACAUGAGAGAACAUGAUGCCACACUGAAGAAAUUGAAAGAACAAGGACUUCAUCCAAUAACAAAAGAAAUGGGAGAGCAAUUGGCAAAAGAAGUGAAUUGUAUUGCUUACUGUGAAUGUUCUGCCAAGACACAAGUUGGUUUGAAGGAAUGUUUCAAUUUGGCUAUUACUGCAGUGUUGCAUCCUGAGAGAUUCAAGAAUGAUAAUAAGAAUACUAAGAAGAAGGAUGGUAAAUGCAUGAUUUUGUAA